AAGCAAAUUUUGCUUUCUACAAUCCGAGCAAUACUCCAAGAAUCUCAUUAUGAACUUCUAUAAGAUCUUCAUCUUUGUUGCCCUUAUUUUGGCCAUCAGCGUGGGCCAAUCGGAAGCCGGCUGGCUGAAGAAACUGGGCAAGAGACUUGAACGCGUUGGCCAGCACACUAGAGAUGCCACCAUUCAGGUUGUGGGAAUUGCUCAACAGGCCGCCAAUGUCGCAGCGACAGCCCGAGGAUGAAGUUUAUGAUUUAAAA